CCAACACUGGUUCUUGAUAACGCCAAACUCCUUCUGGUCAUACCCAUGUAGCAGAGGGCACGGCGCCUCGCCAUCAGUCGUUGCUAUGGUUUCCAGGAUCCAGACCCAGACGGAUGUUGUGGUUUUCCUUUUUCCUUUUUUGUCGGCCGAAGUCUGGCUCUGCUGUCUGGAUCCCGUUAAAGGCGACGCCGGGAGCGGGCAAGAUGGAAAUCGCCGUAUGCAAGAGUAAUGGGGAAACGUUAGGGGCAGGCGGGUAGGCUGGACGACAACUAUCUUCACCGAGCAGGCAUCGUUUGGGCCGUGUCGUCGCAAAGCGAUGCAGAGUCUGUCGGGGGCCGCCCCGCCCGGGGAGCUGGUGCAGGUGUGUUUCCCCGGGGCCCAGAGCUCGUUGCUGGACAGCCUGAACGUCCAGCGGGAGGACAGGCAGCUGUGUGACCUCUCCAUCGUGGUGCAGGGCCAGGUGUACCGCGCCCACCGCUGCGUCCUCGCCGCCGCCUCUCCCUACUUCCACGACCAGGUGCUCCUGAAGAACAUGUGUACGGUGAGCAUCCCGGCGGCCAUGGACCCGCUGGCCUUCGAGGGCGUGCUGAGCUGUGCGUACACCGGCCGCCUGCGCAUGGCGCGCCACGACAUCGUCAACUACCUGACGGUGGGCAGCGUGCUGCAGAUGUGGCACAUCGUGGACAAGUGCACCGAGCUGCUGAAGGAGGGCCGGGCGGCCCCCGCCACCGCCGCCGCCGGGGGCGGAGUCAGCGAGGGAGGGCCGGGGUCCACGGGCGAGGGCGGCGCCGAGGGAAGCCGAGCCGGCAGCGUGAGCGGGGGGGCGACUGAGCGCCACUCCACCGUCUCCAAGGAGGAGCAGGAGGCCCCCCCGCCCAGCGGCCCGGCCCUGAGCGAGAGCCAGUCCCCCAGCAGCACAAACUACUUUAGCCCCAGGCACGGGAGCGGCCUCGGUGGGGGAGGAGCCACCGGCACGGGGGCCUCUGGGGAGGGGGGAGGAGCUAAUACCACCCCGAGCUACUGCACACCCUCGGGCGGGGAGGAGGCCUUCCUCAUCGAAGAGGAGGAGGAGGAGGAGGAGGAGGUGACGUACCACCAGAGGAAGAGGCUGGGGGGAGGAGGUGGCAGGAGGAGGAAGGGCUCAGCGUGCGAGCAGGAAGUGGGCGUCAGUGACAGCUUCGGCGUGUCGUCCUAUCAGGCGGGGGAGGAGAGGCGGGGCUACAGCCAGUCAGGCUCCGCCCCCCGUAAGCAGUGGGUGGUGGUGAAGACGGAGCAGGACGCCGACGACGACCUCAUCCUGGUGUCUGGGGAGGAGGACGAGGAGGACGAGGAGGACGAGGACGAAGAGGUGGCGCUGGCGCGGGCGCGGGAGCGGGACCACUUCAACAUCUCCAACGUCAGGAGCCUGUCCUCGGAGAUGGGCCGGAGGGCCGCCUCCCACAUGGACACCCAGGCGGACUACUGCCAGACCUCGGAGGACUACCUGCGCCUGGAGAGCAGCCUCAUGGAGCACUCCCUGGCCCAGCACCUCCACGAGGCCGGGGGCCUGACCGGGGGCCCGUCCCGGGGCCUGUCCUCCUCGCUGCUGGGGCCGCAGCCCGGCGGCGGCGGCGGCGGCGCGGCCCGGGGCCAGCUCUUCCCCCUGGACAUGCAGGGCAACCCCAUCCUGCUGUACAGCCCGGCCCCCGGCGGCGCCUCCCUGGACCCCGGGGGCCGCGACGCCGGCUCCUACAAGGGCCACGCCCACCCCCUGGAGCACGGGGCGGUGCACCUGGGCGGGCUGCCCCCCGACGCCAUGGAGCCCGGGGCGGGGGGGGGGAUGGGCGGCGGCGGCGGGAAGCUGUUCAUGUGCCACUGCGGCAAGACGUUCACGCACCGCAGCAUGCGGGACCGCCACGUCAACAUGCACCUGGACCUGCGGCCCUUCCACUGCCCCGUCUGCGCCAAGCGCUUCAAGAUGAAGCACCACCUCACGGAGCACAUGAAGACGCACACCGGCCUCAAGCCCUACCGCUGCGGCGGCUGCGCCCGCAAGUUCAUGUGGCGCGACAGCUACAUGCGGCACCGCGCGCAGUGCGAGCGCGGCGGCGGCGGCGGCGGGGAGGAGCCUGUGCCCUCGCCGCACUACCUCCUCCCCCACCCCCCGCUCUCCUCCUCCGAGGAGGAGGGAGGGCUCGGGGGUCGCGGUAACCAUAGCAUGGGCGGCCCGGGGGCCCAGGGCCAGGGGGCGGGGCCGCUUGGGGUUGUGGGCGGGGCGGGGCGGGAGCAGUGCGGCGAUGAGGACCCGUGUGAGGCCAGGGCCAACGACGGCAGCGUCACCUAGAGGCGGCGGCGGCGGCGGCGGCGCAGCAUCGUCGUUAGCCGCGGCUGCUGAAUGAGCUAUAGCUACGGCGGCUAGCAGCGGUACACGGACACUAGCUGCAGACGCUAGCUACGGGGCUAGCUUCGUGGCCCCCCCCGUGUUCCCGUGCCACUAUGGACUGAACUGUACCUUUUUGACCUCAAACACCUCUGACCUACGACCUUAUCGCUUCUCUCUCAUCUGUAUGCCUGUCCGGUUGCUAAUGACAACGCUUUGUGGUUGUGAUGGACUGUUCUGCGUUGUCUAAACCGCUUCCCAAAAAACAGGUUGCGUGAGAAUGGACUGUGUGUGUGUGUGUGUGUGUGUGUGUGUGUGUGUGUGUGUGUGUGUGUGUGUGUGUGUGUGUGUGUGUGUGUGUGUGUGUGUGUGUGUGUGUGUGUGUGUGUGUGUGUGUGAGUGAGAGAGAUAUAUCUGUCGCUGUCUGGUACAGUAAUUUAUUACAGUUUAUUAAACCGUACUGAAAUAUUUUAAAGGGACACUGUAACAUUUUAAGUCACUUAUUACCUCAAAUCAACGUAUUCAUUCAUAAAUAAGUCCUCAUUGGUGUAAAAUUAUCUCUGCCAAAAAUCGCACUAAUCCUCCUGAGCGAAGAAUAAUUAAUAUGUAGUUACUUAGGACGGGUAAGCUUCAUGGAGGCUUCCAUGUUCUUCCGGUCUAUGAACUGCCGAGAGGGACAAAAAACACUACCUGGUACAGGAAAUGCAAACGCGUUUUCACUCUGAGCCAGCGUGAAUGAUGACUGAAAUAAUUCACUAUCUUGCUCGAGGAGUAAUUACUCAUGCAACAUAAGCUUACACUAAUGAUUCACUGCAGUUUGAAAUUUGUUUGAAAUAACGAACCUCAUCAUCACUCGAAUGACUCGAUGAGGUAGUAUUGGAUGUCAUGACACAGCUUCUUGGCACAUACUGCCCACCGUAGUUUUAGAACAAGCGAGCACUAUUAGUUUGAAUGCAAUAUACAAUUGUACCACUAGAUGGGAAUCAUUUUUACAGUGUCCCUUUAAAGUAACACCACACUAAAGGUUUGUUGAACAUGUUUCUGUUUGAGCAGGGUGUGAAGACGUGCUUUAAAUGCCUGAUUAAGAUCAGAUGUUCAUGUCAACAGCAGACCCUCUAGGGCCAUUUUGAUUUAUUUUCUGUUCAUUGAUUUAAAUAGUUAUUGUACUGAUGGCUACCAUUCUGUCCCUCUUUUUCGUUUCGGAAUGAUUGACCUUUUCACCACAUCAGUUCAUUUGAAAUAUAAUAAUAUAAACCAAUAUAUUAACAUUUCAAACUUUGGCUCUGCGUUAAUUUCCCACCUUGAAAGGACAAAGACGAUGAGCUCCUGACCUCAUCGGGUCGAGAUCAUAGCGACCGCUUGUGUGUCUGUCUCCAGUGUAAAUAGCAGAGCUGUCUUAGUGACGCCACCUGUCGAUGUCUUAGUGACGUCUUAGUGACCUCGCCGAUGGCGUAGGCUUCGAAACAACUGUAUAAUUUAAACACAAACAGAAUACAUAAAAGCGGGGUCACGCUGAAGCACUUUUCAAAUUCUCACGGAAUGUCCUUCCUGUGCACAACCGUACGUCCUGUGUGUAGGGCCUCGACAUCUGGUUAGAGGCAAACCUUGAGGUUCGGCCGUCGUUAAAGAGUUGCAGCAGAUGGGUUUAUUAAGACAGUUUAAAGGGCCUCUAUUUUACCACCGUGUGCGAUGUUGAUACGCGAUCAGGGACCUUCACAACGCUACCCUCUAGUGACAGUCAACCGGGAUGCAUUAUGGGACAGCUGAUCAAUCGGUACAGUCCACCUGGUGAGGUGUUUCAUUAGUGAUGUCACUAAAGUAGAAUCACAUUUAACUGCACAGGUGGAUUUCUGAUGGGUUCCAUGUGAUUUACAGAAGACACCUGUGUGUCACUAGUGUUCCUGGACGGUGGAUUUAAAGCAUUAUAUUCUAAUGAAGCUACUGUUAUGGUCUCCAUUCAAUUCAGCAACCCCUCACUGCCAAGAGUUCCUGUCUGCGUUUCUUCCUCUGUGCCUGCACUUCUGCCAAAAGGUGCGGUGUGUUCUGAUUGGUCCAGAAACGCUGCAAUGUUUAAUCGGGUCAGGGACGGUUGUUGAUUGGAUGUCUUGAUUGGAUUAUUUUUGUUCCCCCUCCAUGUAAAGUUGUUUUAAAUGUGCCCUCAUGAGAUUACCUUUGUAUUCAUAGUUGCGUGAUUAUGGAUUGAUGUAAAACAUUUUAUAUUAUAUUGUCUGUGGAACCUUAAAUCAAAAAUGACAUCAUCCCAAAAAAAAGUUACAAUCAAAAUGAUGUUAAUUUCCCGGGUAUGGUUGUUUAAGAUGUGUAGAACCGACCUAUGAAAUAUAAUAUAUCAUGGAUUCAAUCAAGUUUAAUUCAUGAAUAAUUACCUAAUGGAGUGAAAGACAUUAAACUCACCAACAUGGGAGUUCAAUUUG